CACCAAAGAGUCGACUGGUGUACGGGCGAAGUCCAGUUCGCUGUGCAGACGAAGGGGAAAAAGAACACUGUACAAUACAUUGAAAAUCCUUCAGGAUAUUGUAACAAUUAGAAAAAAAAUACAAGCGCUCAAGCAAACACAUCUUCUCAAAGGACUGAAGCAAUUGGAUAAACUUUCUAAGCUCCAAGUGUAAAGAGACCGUGAAAGGAGUGUUCUCUAUCCACCCCCCAAAAACAACACGACCUGAGCGCCUUAACCUCUCGUUACAACUCCUCUGGCUGUCUGCGUGUUGCCGAGCGCUCACCGGGCAGGACACAGGGAGACGCUGUGUACAGCGCCAUGGUAACCCACAGCAAGUUUGACUCCGUCAUGAGCUGCAGCCCCUUCGACGCCACCAUGCGGCUGCCUCACCGUUACAAAACCUUCAGCUCCAAGGUGCAGUACCAGCUCGUCCUCACCACUGUCCACAAGCUCCAGGAGAGCGGCUUCUACUGGGGCUCCAUCAGCGGCAAGGAAGCCAACGCCAUGCUGGCCGCUGAGUCGGUCGGGACCUUCCUCAUCCGCGACAGCUCCGACAACCGCCACUUUUUCACGCUCAGCGUCAAGACGGCUUCGGGCACCAAGAACCUGCGCAUCCAGUGCGACGCCGGUUGCUUCUUUCUCCAGACGGACCCCAAAAACCUGCAGGCCGUGCCCCGAUUCGACUGCGUGCUCAAGCUGGUGCACCACUACAUGCCGCCCACCAAAGGGGCUUCGUCGGGGAACACGAGAGGGGGGAACGCCUCCUACUACAUCGACUCCGGCGGUGAGAAGAUCCCCCUCGAGCUCCUCAAGCCUUUCUCGUCCAGCCUGUCCACCUUGCAGCACCUGUGCAGGAAGACGGUCAAUGGCCACCUCGAUAUGUCUGGCAAACGGGACCAGCUCCCCCACCCGCUCAAAGAGUUCCUGCAGGAGUACGAUGCGCCCAUCUAGGGCUCUCGGCUGAUGUGAUGUCCCCAAUGGGCAUGGGACUUAUAAAAGGUGUUAUGAAGGGACUGGGUAUAGACUGUAUUGCAGUGUGCCCUAUUGAAAAGAGAGAAAUGUGACUGCGUCUAAAAGAGACAGUUCUCCCAUUAUAGGUGAGCUACUAUAGACAAUGAGGCAGAGGGGAAGCCGGCCGUUAGAGUACGAGAGAGGAACGAGAAGGGGUUUGGUGUUGGCGCCCAGGAGUGAUGUCAUAUUACCACGAGGAGUCGAGCUGUACCGGCCCGCAAUCAGCCAGCCAGUCACAUUCAUUUGCCUGCCAGCCAAAAGCGGUCGGCAUUUUCAUCAGACUUUCCAGUCUCUCAUCCAUGACUGUAGAAAGAGAGACAGAGAGGGAAGAACGACUCGUCCACUGAGAUUGUGAACAGGUGUGCUGCUAUUGGAUCAGACAAUGUGUCAUAUCGGGCCCGAACGAUUGGAUCAAAGGACUACUACUCAUCCUCAACCUCACUGUAUGACUUACAACUUCCCCCAGAGGUCCGUUUUCUCUAGUCUAUGAAGGCCCUGGAGCCAACAUGCUGACCACCUUCACUCCUUCGAUGACGCACAGAUUCCCACUGCUGCUAUCCAUGAGUCUGGCCAUGGCGUGGCACCGGCUGAGACACACACAAGCCUAUGAUAAUCAUUCAUUUAUUACAGCAGAACUGGCUGUAAUAACUGGCUUUAGCUGCCUGUUGAAUAUUAGUCAUGAACAUUAUGCCAGUGCCUGGAAGUAUUAAACACGUCGGUCAGAAGCGCCAAGCCUUUUCCUCUCCUCUGGGAAAACUCUGAUCCUCCGCCUCUGCCUUGCCAGGAAACUGCCUAGCAAACAGGAAUUAUAACCCUGUGUUCCAAUUUUGACGUUCGGCGUCACUACCACCAACGCCACAGUUUGAGUCAAUGUUUGUGUCUUUGUUUGAGGAAAAAAAGGUCAGAACUGUGAACCAAAUAUUGCCCAAAGUUACCGAGUGUAAACGACAAAUCUGAAAGAAUGGAGAAAAAUGUAUUUUGAGAUGUGAAGUGUUGAUUACAUUGUUGGGAAAAUAAAUGUGUGUAAUGAUUUAGUCAGUGGCACGGGUUUUCCAUAUGAACAAGCCAAACCUGCCCUGAUGUCUCCAAUAGCUUGUUGAUAGAACAACAGAUGUACCACAAAUACAAAUGAAAAGUUGCUUUUAUGCUUGAGGAAGAAGCAUCACUCACACAGAGACAAUGGUUUUUGAGAAUGGGUUAGUCCUUAGUCCUCACUGGAUAGGGAAUAUACCUAGAUGAAUGUGGUGGUAUUUGUGACACAGGUUGUAGACCAGAUAUCGCUUGCUAUUGCUAUUGAAUGUAUUGUAUUAGAAUUAUCAAAGGUUAAUCCUAUUCUAUCAUUUUUGUUAAAGCAAGACAAUGUUUACAUUAGUGACAAAGAAAAUUGCAAACAUGUUUUUUUUCUUAUCUUUUAUAAAGAUAUUCAUAAUUGUCUGGCCAUCUGACUGGCUGUAGUAGAAGCUUGACAGUGUUUUGAAGAAAAAUACGAUUGCAGAAGCAAGAAGACCAGAAAAAAAAAACUUUGCACAUAUUUAUAUUUAUAAGACAUUUCAAUAAUUUAUAAUAAAAGCACUAUUUUUCUAUGAA